CCAGUAGAACAUUCUCGAACGUCCCCCACCGCCUUUGGAUCGGCAAUUUCCCCUCUUCCGCUGCCAAUAAAUUCACUCCCACGGUUACUCAUUUCAUUCAUCUCAGCAUUUUGCAAUCUCUAAAUUCCCCUUUAAGCCUCUCUCUAUUUCCCAAUUCUCGUUGCUUUUUUGAAAAUGCAGAUCUUCGUAAAAACCCUAACUGGGAAGACCAUUACUCUGGAGGUCGAGAGCUCCGAUACUAUCGACAACGUCAAGGCCAAGAUCCAAGAUAAGGAGGGGAUUCCUCCGGAUCAGCAGCGCCUCAUCUUCGCCGGAAAGCAGCUCGAGGACGGCAGAACCCUCGCCGACUACAAUAUUCAGAAGGAAUCCACGCUCCAUCUCGUCCUCCGCCUCCGCGGUGGUAUGCAGAUCUUCGUCAAAACCCUAACGGGGAAGACGAUCACGCUCGAAGUCGAGAGCUCUGACACAAUCGACAACGUCAAAGCCAAAAUUCAGGAUAAGGAAGGAAUUCCCCCUGACCAGCAGAGGCUGAUUUUCGCCGGGAAGCAGCUUGAAGACGGCAGAACCCUGGCCGACUACAAUAUCCAGAAGGAAUCCACUUUGCACUUGGUUCUCAGGCUUCGUGGAGGGAUGCAGAUCUUCGUCAAAACUCUAACUGGAAAGACGAUCACGCUGGAAGUGGAGAGCUCGGACACUAUCGACAACGUGAAGGCGAAGAUUCAGGACAAGGAAGGGAUCCCACCGGAUCAGCAGAGACUCAUCUUCGCCGGCAAGCAGCUCGAAGACGGGAGGACAUUGGCGGAUUACAAUAUACAGAAGGAGUCGACAUUGCAUUUGGUUCUGAGGCUGCGCGGUGGGAUGCAGAUAUUUGUCAAGACUCUUACAGGGAAGACCAUAACUUUGGAGGUGGAGGGCUCUGACACCAUCGAUAAUGUGAAGGCGAAGAUUCAAGACAAAGAGGGGAUUCCGCCAGACCAGCAGAGGCUUAUCUUUGCUGGAAAGCAGCUCGAGGAUGGCCGUACCCUAGCUGAUUACAAUAUCCAGAAGGAGUCUACUCUACAUCUUGUCCUUCGCCUCCGCGGUGGAAUGCAGAUCUUCGUAAAAACCCUAACAGGGAAGACCAUUACUCUGGAGGUCGAGAGCUCCGAUACAAUCGACAACGUUAAGGCAAAGAUCCAAGAUAAGGAAGGAAUUCCUCCGGAUCAGCAGCGCCUCAUCUUCGCCGGAAAGCAGCUCGACGACGGCAGAACCCUCGCCGACUAUAAUAUCCAGAAGGAAUCGACGCUCCAUCUCGUCCUCCGCCUCCGCGGUGGGAUGCAAAUCUUCGUCAAAACCCUAACGGGGAAGACGAUUACCCUUGAAGUCGAGAGCUCCGACACAAUCGACAACGUCAAGGCGAAAAUUCAGGAUAAGGAAGGAAUUCCCCCUGACCAGCAGAGGCUCAUCUUCGCCGGAAAGCAGCUGGAAGACGGCAGAACCCUAGCCGACUACAACAUCCAGAAGGAAUCAACUUUGCACUUGGUUCUCAGGCUUCGUGGAGGGAUGCAGAUUUUCGUCAAAACCCUAACCGGUAAGACGAUUACUCUGGAGGUCGAGAGCUCCGACACGAUCGACAACGUCAAGGCCAAAAUUCAGGAUAAGGAAGGAAUUCCCCCUGACCAGCAGCGGCUGAUCUUCGCCGGGAAGCAGCUUGAAGAUGGCAGAACCCUAGCCGACUACAAUAUCCAGAAGGAGUCGACGCUCCAUCUCGUUCUCCGCCUCCGCGGUGGGAUGCAGAUCUUCGUCAAAACCCUAACGGGGAAGACGAUUACUCUAGAGGUGGAGAGCUCCGACACAAUCGAUAACGUGAAGGCGAAGAUUCAGGACAAGGAAGGGAUCCCACCCGAUCAGCAGAGGCUCAUCUUCGCCGGCAAGCAGCUUGAAGAUGGCAGAACCCUAGCCGACUACAACAUCCAGAAGGAGUCGACGUUGCAUUUGGUUCUGAGGCUGCGUGGUGGGAUGCAGAUAUUCGUGAAGACUCUUACUGGAAAGACAAUAACUUUGGAGGUGGAGAGCUCUGACACGAUUGAUAAUGUGAAGGCGAAGAUUCAAGACAAAGAGGGCAUUCCGCCAGACCAGCAGAGGCUCAUCUUUGCUGGGAAGCAGCUUGAGGAUGGUCGUACCCUCGCUGACUACAAUAUCCAGAAGGAGUCCACUCUGCACCUUGUCCUUCGUCUCCGUGGUGGUGAUCAUCUCUGAAUUGAUUUUCUAUGAUAGCUUGAGAAGUUGGUGUUUGUAAUCAAAACCUUGGUUUAUGCUCGUGUUCUACCAUUUAUGAAUUAAUCCUGUUUCUUAA